GGCGGGUGUGGCGAGCGGAACCGGGGAUGGAGCAGGUGCAGCUGGUGGCGUAGGCGAGCUCGGGGCAUGGAGCCAGCGGCUAGAGUUGGGCGACGGAGGAGGAGGAGAGCACGGCGGACGGGGCAUGAGCGAGCGUGGUCGCGGGGUGGAGGGCAUGGGCCGGUUUGCCAAGGCUGCAGACAAGGUGUUUGCGGUGCGGUCGAAACGGAACGGAGUGACGCGGGUGGUCCGUGAACGGUAUGUCCGUCAGGACUGGGAGUGCCGGACGGAAGGGUGUGAGCGGUGCGCGGGACAGGCGACGGCCGAUGCCGGCGACCUGUGGGGUGCCUUCCCGUCGCUCGCCCGGCGAGUGAGCGGAGCGCGGCUGAUCCUGGUGCCGGACUUUGGCGUGCUGUGCGAGCAUACGCAGCUCUUCACGGCGUAUCCAGCGCUGUUUGACAACGUGGUGGUCUCUGGCUCGGCCAUCACGCGGCUGCAGGACAUUGGAUACACGCGGACGCUGGAGGAGAUUCGAACGCUGACUGCCGACACCCGGCGGUCGGUGGUAGUCUUUUCCGACCACGCCUGCGAGGAUCUGGCCGGCGAGGUUCAGCGACUGUCUGGCGGAGCAACGCCGGGAGCUGCGCGCGAUCUGGCGGUUGUUCUCGGCAACUUUUACGCCGAUCAUUUGGGCCUCGGUCCGGACGUCUCGGUGGUCGUCCUCUCCAACGAGGCGGCGAGCGAGGACCGGCCUGCGGUGACUCCCGACGCGCCGGUGGUCGAGGUUCUGACGACUGCCGAGUAUUUGCGGGCGCUGCAGGCUGGGAGCAGGCUGAGCCACAUGCUGAGGAGCGGCGAUGCCGCGCUGGUGGACAAGGCAGCGCUGCUCAACGAGUCGCUGGACGAGCUGCUGGCGCGAAAGCGCGAGCAAGAAGCUGCGCGAGCUGCAGGUGAGGGUGAAGGCGGAAGCGAGUCGCUCAUGUUUGAGCCGCAUGCGUCCGAGGCUGUGGUCGAGGCCGGGCUCAAGUCUGGGGUGCUAGUUGCGGGCGUGCUCGCGGUAUCGCGGCGGAACCGACGGGCAGCGUUUGUGACGAGCCGGACCGGAGAGCGCAUUUACAUUUCGUCGCUCAAGGCGCGCAACCGAGCGAUCCAAGACGACGAGGUUGCUGUGAGGAUUCUGCCGCGGUCACUGUGGGAGGUGCCGCCACAGUCGAUGUCGCGCGGGCGCGGCGGCGGAUCCGAAGGCAGCGGGGCGAGCGAGGGCGGCGACUCCGGAACCGGCUCUGAGGACGCGGUCAUGACCGGGAGUGUGGUGGCGGUGAUGCGGCGGACGCUGAGCGGACCGAUGAUUGCCACGCUACCGGCGCUGAAUGACGGGGCGCUGGUGCCAAACUCUGUGCUGGCAGUCCCGAUGGACAUCCGGCUGCCUAAGAUCCGUGUGUCGUCUUCGCGGUUGGCGAGCCUGUUUGGCCAGCGGCUCCUUGUGUCACUCGAUGAGUGGCGUGCGUCGUCGGCGUACCCGUCGGGCCACGUGGUCCGGGCGCUAGGUGCUGUGGGCGACGCUGCGGUGGAGAUGGAGGCGCUACUGCUGGCCAAUACCAUUGUGGUCGAGCCGUUUUCGCCGGCGGCACUGGCCGAGCUGCCGGACCACGAGAUCGGCGCGGCGUGGGAGGUUCCUGCUGCCGAGGUUGCGGCGCGGCGCGAUGUGCGCGGGCUGCACCGUGUGGCGUCGAUCGACCCGCCGGGCUCCAAGGACGUCGACGACGCGCUGUCUGUGUGCGAAGUGACAAGCGGGAAGCACGCUGGUUGCGUCGAGUUUGGGGUGCACAUUGCGGAUGUGUCGCACUUUGUGGCGGCCGGGUCUGUGCUCGACGCCGAGGCGCGGCAGCGCGGGACUACGGUUUACCUCGCGGACCGACGGUAUGACAUGCUGCCUGCUGUGCUGUCAGAGGACUUGUGCUCGCUUCGUGGCGGCGUGGACCGGCUUGCGGUGUCGGCAAUCUUUACGGUCGACGUGAGCAAGGGGUUCUCGGUCAGAGACGUGUGGUUUGGGCGGACGGUGAUCAACUCGUCGUACCAGCUCGAGUACGGGCAAGCGCAAGCACUGUUUGACGAGGGCGUGGGCUCGGCAAAGGUGGCGCGCUUUGCACCAUUUGCAGGCGUCUCGCAAGACGACCUGGCGCAGCUGCGGCGCGACAUUGGACUUCUUGUGGGCUUUGGGCGUGCGCUGAAAGAGAAGCGGCGGGCGCGCGGCGCGCUCGAGCUGCACUCGGACGAGAUGCGGGUGCAGUUUUCCGAAGGCACUGCCGGAAGCGCUGUGGCAACGUCGAGUGUUGUCGGGCUUUCAGCCAAGGUCCAGCUGGAGAUGAUGGACAUUGUGGCGGAGUUUAUGAUUCUUGCCAACGAGGCUGUUGCCGAGCGAGUGUAUGUGGCGUACCCCGAGGCGGCGCUGCUGCGGCGGCACCCGCUGCCGCGCAACGAGGCGUUUGAGGAUCUUGUGCGUGUGGCGACACUUCGUGGCUACGCGCUGGACACGUCGUCGAACGCGGGCCUUGCGGCGUCGCUCUCUGCAGCGAUGGUGGGUGACGGCGAGACGCUUCAGCUGCUGCGGCAGCUCGCGACGGCGGCGAUGUCCGAGGCGGUGUACUUUUCGACGGGCUCUGUGGCCGAGGAUGAGUUCUACCACUACGGGCUUGCAGCGGCGUACUACACGCACUUUACGUCUCCAAUUCGGCGGUACGCCGACGUCAUGGUCCACCGCGAGCUGCUUGCUGCGGUGGGCGACGGGCCGGUGGUGCCGAGCCUGGCGAACCGCGGGGUGGAGCUUCUGGCGGCGCACCUCAACGACCGCAACCGGGUGGCCAAGGCGGCCCAGCGUGACUCGGUGGAUCUCUUCCGCAACCUGUACUUUAAGCUGCACGGGCCUGUCGAGGCGAGCGGAGUGGCAUACUCGUUCUUUGACAACGGAUUCGAGGUGUACGUGGCCGAGUACGGGCUCCGGGCGCCGGUCUAUGUGUCUGCGACCGAGCUUGCUGGCGGCGAGCACCCGUGGUUUGCUCAAUUUGAGAGCAGCGGCAGCGGGUAUGCGGUCGAACUCGACGCGGGCUCGCUGCGGGUUGUGGCGCGCGGUGGGAGCGAUGCCGAGCUUGCGCGUAUCGAGCUGUUUGACCGGGUCAGGGUCUCGAUUAGUGGGUCGGACGCGCUGGCGCGGGUCGGCGGCAUUGCGGUCUCACUGGUCGGGGCCGACGCAGGGGACCGGGCCGGGGGAGCGAGUGAGCGAGGGCAGCAGGCCGACUUUCGUGAGUUGCUCAACGCCGAUCGGCGGGUGGCGAGAGUUGGUGGCUCGGGCUAUGCCGAACUCGGAUCUGGGGCGCGGCGGGCGGCGGCGGCGACGCGGAUGAAGCAGCAGUGCUAUGAGCUGACCGGGACGGACGGCCGGAGUGCGCGCAAGUCGUGGUAUGUCCGGUUCGCUGGGUCAAGCCGGGCAGCGGCGGCGGGCGGCGGCAGCGGAAGCGACGGCGGCGAGGGUGCGGGCGACGAUGCGCAAUUUGCGGCGCGGACCGAGGCCGGGGUGUGGGAGCGUGGGCCGGGCCGCCGGCGAUACAGCGGGCGCGAUCAGCGCUGAAAGCUUGAGUAGUCAAACGAGCCGGAGUUUGGCGAGCGUGACGAUCAACGAUAGCGCGUGCGGUUCUUGCGCUUGUUGCGGCGGGAGGAAAUGCCGCGGUUCAUGUCCUUGCGCUGCUUGCGGGUUCCAACAAACUUCUCCAUGUACUUGGAGACCUCGUUGUGAAAGGUGCCCUCGGCCUGAGCGGCGAUGCUGUCCUCGGAGGCGAUGCCAAGCUUAAAGCCCAUGUUUCUGUAGAAGCGGAUGGCGUCGUUGUAGGCCCAGAGGGUGACGUAGAGGGCGCGGUGG